AUGCUGUUCGCUCUCAUAGCAUUGGGCUGCUUCCUGGUGAACGUCAACGCCAUCUCUAAUGAAUGCCUUACCUAUGAGAGAUACAACAAAUGGUUCAUGGAGUUCAAUGAGAACCUCAACCGUGGUCUGAUUUGGGAGCCAUCGCUGAUGAAUGAGAUUUGUGAAGAUCUAAGAGGUAUAAAGGAUUCUGAUGCAGAGUAUAGGUACGAGGCAGAAAGAGAUUUCUCGAAACAGCGCACAGCAUCACUUGAGACCAAACUGAAGAGAACCCUGUUCGGUAGAGGUCCAAACGUGAAGACCUGGCAGAAGAAUAUUGUGAAGAAACUUCCUCUAGACACGAAGUAUGCAUGCAACGGCAUCGAGGAUGGAACCAUGAUGAAGAUCCUAUCAUAA